CCAGGGGGGCGAGGCGCCGUCCAAUGACAAAGCCCAGGGGUGGGCGCCGGCCGCCAUCUUGUACCGGGCGGCAGGAUCUUCACCCGCGUCCUCCGCCCUCGGAGGGGGAGGGGCAGCGGCGGCGGAGGCGAGAAAAGUAGCGAGAGACGCGCCGGGCGGGAGGUGCCAGCAGCGGCCGGCGCCGCGGAGCCAAACACCGGCGGGGACGGCGGCGGCGGGACCCGGCGAGCGCGGGCGGCCCCGAGCGGCCUUCGAUGCGGCGCAGCGUGAAGAGGCGGCGGCGCCGGCCCCCGGCGGCCCCGGCCGCGGCCGCCCGGGGCGGCGGCUUUAGGCUGGGAGGAGGGGCCGGUCAGGAGGCGCGGGAGGAGAAGGUGGUGUACUCGCGGUCGCAACUGUCGCUGGCCGACAGCACCAAGGCACUGGGCGACGCCUUCAAGCUGUUCAUGCCUCGCAGCACGGAGUUCAUGAGCUCGGACGCGGAGCUCUGGAGCUUCCUCUGCAGCCUCAAGCACCAGUUCUCCCCGCACAUCCUGCGCAGCAAGGACGUCUACGGCUACUCCUCUUGCCGGGCACUCGUCCCCGAGCCCCCGGGGGGCCCCGCCGCCCGCGGCCCGACGCGCAGGCCGGCCCCGAGCGCGGCGGCCAGGAGGAGGCGCCGCGGAGCCCGGGCGCCAGCCGCUCGCCGGAGGAAGCUGCCGCCGCCCCCGCCGCCGGUCCCCGAGGAGAGCUGCCCGGUCAAGCCCGCGGACCCGGAACCCUGCUUCGGGGGCCGCACCCUGGAGGAGAUCUGGAGGGCGGCCACCCCGACGCUGACCACCUUCCCCACCAUCCGCGUCGGCGGCGACGUGUGGAGCGAGCGCAGCCUGGCGGCGGCACGGCGUAGAGCGCGCCAAAUCCUGCGAGUGAACCUGGAACCCGUGGUGAGGCUCCGCCGCUUCCCGGUGCCCCGGGCAUGACGCGCGGACCGCGUCACCCUCCCAGACCGGGACGGAGCUCCCGCCCGGAGGGAUGGACAAGUGUCAGUCGAGUGUUUACAGAUCCGGCCAGGACCCCGUCCCCUUACGCACUUUACGGGCGAAGAAGUCACCGGAUGGUGUUCCCGGGCCCGCGGCACCGCCGUCUGGAACUCCGGGGCAGGUGCGCCCUCCACCCCCUCCCAGUGCGGGGCAGCAGAGGAGACCGCGGGACCCGCGGGGGAGGGCCGUUUGCUUCCGUACCCGGGACUGAGACGUCUCCAGGACUGAAGGGGCAGAUCCGUUUUCUCCCUUUGGACUCUACCUCACUGGUCUGGAAGUCCUCCGAAGAAGUCGUUAUUUUUUCCAAAGGAAUUUGGUUUCGUGCUUGUGUAAUAAAGCCAGAAUCUACUUGCUUUUUACCCCGCCCUAUCCCGGCCUCCUUCCCACCCCUUACCCCCAUUUUUUUCUUUUCAACUGCCACCCCUCUUUCUGGACGAUAGAUCGAACCUGUUUUGUGCUGUUGUUGCACCCGUUUGUGCUCAGGGUAUUCUGAAUCCCACUCGUUUCCUAAUUUUAACCGGAUUCCAAAGCUUUGACCAAGGAUAUUUUUCAAACUUAUGACUUAAUGUUAAGAGUGCAAGGAUUUGUAUGAUUUGAAUGCCAUGGGCUCAGUGAUUACAAACAAAGAGAUGCAAAGUACAACUAUUUCAACAUUUUUGAAGUGUUUCUAAAGAUUUUAUAUUGAGAUUUAAUGUUUAUAUAUACUGAGCUCCUAAAGAAAAUGGUAGAAACUCAUAUAAAGUUCUGUUUGGGAAAAGUUAAUUUGUUAAAGUCUUUUUGAUUAAAUAAAAAUUAAAGUACCUUGAAACCACAUGGCUUGUGAUAAAGAAAAAAAUGAGUUACAAAGAACUGGUGUUGGUUAAAGAGAUGGAUGGAAUCCUAUUGGAAAUGGUUUGGCCUCUUUGUACUGGUCUAACAUACAAAUCCAGGAGAAGUUCAAAGGUAACCUAUUUUAAAUUGGGAGCCACGUAGGAGAAAUGAAUGUGUGUAAACCUGGUGAUUAAAAUGGUAAACAGAAUACCCAUUAGAGUUCUCAGAACUAGCUCUUUAGAGGGGUGGGGGCAUUUCUUGGUAUCAGAUAACUUGUUGAAAUUACUCUGGGCAAAAUAGAUCUUUCUCUACUUUGUGCUGAAUAGCAGAAAGUGCCCCGACUAACACCCAUCACCUUUAUAGACAUCGUGACAUUUGUCUUUUUUCCUCCACGAGUAUCCUUUUUUAUCUUAAUUCCAUUCAUAAUUAUGUUCGCAGUUACCUGUCUUUGUUGACAGCUGAAGACCACAGGAAUCCAACGGGCGAUUCACACUGAGUACUGACCCUUCUUUUACACUUUUAUAAUAGCAUUUAUACCAUAUGGCCCAGAGUGGAAUUCUUGAUUAUCCAAGUGCCUUUGGUCAUUGGUGGCAGCAAGACUUAAUGGUUUUUAGCCAGUGGUGCCACAGCCAGAUUUUACUGCAAUAUCUAAAGGGUCAAGUGGUUUUUGUACCACAGUUUUUCAAAUUUAAGUAGUCUGCCAUGAAACUGCUUACACUGGCUGGAACUUAACAUAGGAAGUCCUCAAUAUUAAGAUUUCUCUCUGCUUGGCAGCUUCUUAGGAGAAUAGUAAGAGUUGCAAUUUCGACUCUUGUGUUCUUAGAUUUCAAAUGGCAUAGCUUUCUGAAUUGAAUUUUUCAAGUUUAAUAGUACAUAAGUAGGAGUUUUGUGACUUUAAUUUCAGUGUUCUUGUUUUGUAAAAAAGAAAUAUAUAUAUAUAUAUUAUAUACAUGACUUGAUGCCAGUUUCCCAGUAUGCCUCAUAUUCUCUUAUUCACUACUCAAUAAUAAUGCGUUGUAACAAACACUGUCACAUGAGUAAAUAAAAAUGAAUCAUUACUUAGAUGAUGGAGAGUGUUACAUUUGAUCUCUGUGAUAGGAAGCUUAUAUAUAUUCUUUUGGUUAUUAGCUUCCAUUGGCAGUUGUACUGCAGAUACAUAGGGUUUUCUCCCUUCUCUCACUCCCAAAUUGUUCAUUUUUUUUUAGUUAACUAGCCCCUAAAAAAAACUAUGUAUUGGUACCACUUACUAUUGUAUAUAGUUUUAUAAUAAUUAAAAAAAUAAAUUCAAUGGCCAUAUUAGAAUGUAAUUUCAACAUACAGCUUAUCCAGAUAGUUUCCCAGAGGGUUUUGAAAUUAAACUUAGCUGGGAGGAUAACUGCUCAGCACAAAACUGAAACAACCAUUGACAUCAUGCAUUUUAUUUUAACUGAGAUUCUUAACAUUUUCCCCUCCUGCCUUGUUACUUUAGUGCACUUGAACUAGCAUAAAUGCUUCUUUGAAUUAUCUGGGCUGUCUGAUUUCAGUUUGGAUCUGAUUGCCCAUCUUGAAUUCAAUAUGUUAUUUAUCUGGUCUGUUUAAAAAUCAUACCAUUUCUAGUUUGUGAAAUAGGUGUCAAAAAAGUCUUUAUUUUUGCCAAGUGUUCUUUAGCAAAGCCUAUGUUACGACUCCUAAAAUGUGAAGAAACAACUAAUAUAGUUGGCUAGUAUAUUAAUAGGAAAGUGAAAGUAUUUUGUGGUUACAUUGGGCAGAAUGCGAAAAGAAACUUGGCAAGGUGGCCUUUAUGGUGAGACAUCCAUUUUCUGUCCUCUAAGUGUGUAGUUUAGCAUGUAUAUAGUUUUUUAAAAGAUCUCUCAUGACUUGAUUCAUUCUCUUAUAAGAUUAUCUUAUAUCUCAUAUGGCACAAGUAGAGGGAGAAGCUAGGAGGAAGUUGAUCACCUCGCUAUGCUUUUAUUUCAUUUUUAACUCUUUGAGUGCCUAAAUGUGGUGACUGUCACCUCAGCUAAUCUUUGAAUCUUCCUGAUGUCAUUUUUAUCCUCCCUGUCAACCAACAACUUAAUUUCCCUUCCUGAAACCAGUAAUGUCAUGAUUGUUAAGGGCAAGCUCUGUUGUUGAUAGUGCAAAGUGUCGCUGUUGUGGUGCGUAUUUAUUUUGUCAAAGUUUGAGUACCCUGUUGGACUUGUAUAACUAAGCUGGUGGCUGACACCUAUUGAUUUGCUCCAUGCAAAUGAUAGUACUAUAAAAUUCUUCAAUAAAGAAACAUUAAAAUUAUUUGAAUACAAAAAACCUGAGCAAUUCUGAACUCAAAGCCUUUUGUUGUUUUAAGGGUUGCCACAGCAUUCUUUAAAUUGGUGGUUUUUAGUGGACUUAUAAACAUAAUAUUUACUUUACUGGUGUGUUUCAAAUAUUUUUUGAUAGCCUGUUAUGUCUUAAGUACUUUAGAAGACAAUUGUUUGUUAAUGGAACUAAAUUGUUUCCUUGGACAGUUUGAUGUGCAUAUGAUUAAGAUUUACAAUCUGGUUGUACUCUGCUUUUUAACUUAUUAAUUGUAAAUAAAUUUUAGAGAAUACACGGUGACUGAUUUUUCUAAUGAUGUUGAAAGUUUUUGAAAUGGGAUUUUAUGUUUUUAUGUGAGUUGGAAAGCAUCUUGGGAUCAAUUUUGACUUUUUUUGAUGAACUUGAGACUCCUACCAGUCUUGAGAUCUGUGUUUUGUGCUGUCUUGAGGCUCUUUUUGACAUUACCUCUUAGAUGAUCUAGUGAAUCUCCAGAAUAGUAUUUCAUGGCCAAUCUUGUCAUUACCAAAAUUUGCCAGCAAAAAAAAAAAAAAA